UCCGCGCGGUCACAUGGGCCCGUUUUCUGCCGCGUGCGGGCGCGACGGCCCCCGAACAUCACGUCAGCAGCCUGCCUGCUGCGCGCGCAGAGAGAGCGAGAGAGAGAUAGAGAGAGAGGGGAGGGAGAGAGAGAGAGAGAGAGAGAGAGCGAGCGAGAGAAAGAUUCCAGCAAAUGACAGAUUCCUCAUGAGGCGGAAAGACAUCACUGUAGUUAAAGUGCAGACAGAGCUUACACAUAGAAUAAUGGAAACACUAUAGAGACAACCUGUCUUCUUCUUUGGUGGUUUUAAGUCCUCCUGAGGAACUUUGUAGUUUGUGAUGAUGGCUGCUGAGCAGAAAACAUCCUGGAUUGUCUAAAAAACGCUCUCCUGCUGACACCGAUGGAGCUGAGGAUGAUGACAACUACCAUGGACAACAACAACAACAACAACAACAAUAGCAACACAGGAGGUGUGAUCUCCUACGUGGGUUCCUGCGGCGGCUCUCCGCCCCGGACCAGUCCAGUCUCCAUGUACAGCGAGAACUCAAACUCCCAGCCCUGCUUCACCACCUCUUCCUCCUCUUUGACUCCCUCCUUCCUCAGCAGUGGCUCCAGUUCAGGCUCUGCAGGAGACGAUGGCUCCUCCUCCGCCUCCUCUUCGGCAGGAGGCUCACCUCGAGGCCGAGACGACGGCGGAUCUCUGAGGGCGUCACCCAGCAAGUCUGUGGCCAGUCUGAAGCUGAACGGCUUGGUGUUGCUGUGUAAGGUCUGUGGGGAUGUGGCCUCAGGUUUCCAUUAUGGAGUUCAUGCUUGUGAAGGAUGCAAGGGUUUCUUCCGCCGCAGCAUCCAGCAGAACAUUCAGUAUAAGAAAUGUGUGAAGAACGAGGGCUGCACCAUCAUGAGGAUCAACAGGAACCGCUGCCAGCAGUGCCGCUUUAAGAAGUGCCUGUCUGUGGGCAUGAGCCGUGAUGCGGUUCGUUUCGGCCGGAUCCCGAAGCGUGAGAAGCAGAGGAUGUUGGCUGAGAUGCAGAGUGCCAUGAACAACAUGGUGAACAACCAGCUGCAGAACGACUUCCAGCUCGCCAGCCUCUCCUCCUCUUCUUCUUCCUCCUCCUCUUCCUCCUCCUCUCCUUGCCCAGGGGUAACAAUUGCCCCCCAGCCUCAGCCCUCGGCCCUGCUUCUGGCUCCUUCCUCACCUUCCCCUCCCGCCCCAGCCACCUCCUCCUCGCCCCCUCCUCUUCCUCCUCCUCCUUCUUUCCCUUCCCUCGCCUGUCAGAGCCCCUCCCCCUCCUCCUCACCGCCCCCCAGCCCCGGGAUGGACACCACCAUCAGCGCUAUUGCACGAGCCCACCGUGAGACCUUCCUCUACGCUCACGACAAACUGACCAAUCCACAUGCGCCACCUCAGCAACAGAAUAACCACGCCCAUCAAGGCAAUGGGGAGGCGGAGCACUGGGGGCCCAACAGGUGCCCCAAUGGCUACCAUGCCAAUGGCCUUAACACCAUCUACCACCAUAACAACAACAUGGGAACAGGGCGCUACCUGCAGGACAACAGCAAGAACGUCACGCAUCAUCAGCACGGCAAUGGGAAGAGGGGUCUGCAUAACAGUAAUCUGAUUGGAGGAGAAGGCCUCAAUGAUCAUGUGACCCAGGGGCAGAACUGUCCGAUGAAGAACGGCAAGGGGAUUGUUUUGGCCUGUCCCAUGAACAUGCAGCCUCACGCAGACCCCUCAAAGACCCCCCAGGAGAUCUGGCAGGACUUCUCCCUCUCCUUCACCCCUGCUGUCAAGGAGGUGGUAGAGUUCGCCAAGCAUAUCCCAGGAUUCAGUUCUCUGUCCCAGAACGACCAGGUCACUCUGCUCAAGGCGGGGACCUUUGAGGUGCUGAUGGUACGCUUCGCUUCCCUGUUCAAUGUGAAAGAGCAAACUGUGACUUUUAUCUCGGGCGCCACCUACAGCCUGGAGGAGCUGCAUGCGAUGGGGAUGAACGAGCUGCUGGGAGUCAUGCUUGACUUCAGCCAGAAACUGGCUGCACUGGAGCUGAGCGCCCAGGAGCUGGGACUGUUCACCGCAGUGGUGCUGGUAUCUGCAGACCGCUCAGGUAUCGAGAAUGCGGCAUCAGUGGAGCAGCUUCAGGACAACCUGAUCAGAGCACUGCGGUCGCUGAUCAGCAAAUCGACUGUUCUCCCCGGCAACAACCACAACAACAUGGACUCGCCACGUUUCACCAAACUGCUCCUGAAGCUUCCCGACCUGCGGACGCUCAACAGAAUGCACUCUGAGAAGCUGCUGUCCUUCCGUAUCGUGGCCUGAUGAGCUCACAGUGAUGUCCCAGGUUAACUCUCAGAUCAGCAUGACUACCCGUGGUUGCUGAUAGUAAUAACAACUUUAUCAUAUGGUGCUCUUGGUGACAUCACGCUGUCACAUUGUCAGGACUGCAAAGUGAUGAUGAUGUCAUCGUUACAACUGUUCAGCACAUGGCUCACCGCCAAAAUAAGAGUCUGUCGCUUGCAGGGUGGCAUCCCGACACGUUGUGGUCGGCCAAGUUUAAGGAACAGUCUGACAUUUUAAGAACGCUCAUUUGCUGAAAGACAAAUUUCUGUUCAAGAUAAAGACAUUUAACCCGUAAGCAUCGUCUGAAGAGGGCGGGGAAUCACAGAAUUGUCACAAAGUCAGACUCUUCCAGUUUGAACAUCAUCAGGAGGAAAUAUCCAGAACUUCCUGGCACCACAGACAAACGCUGGAGCUUCACUUUACACCAACACCAGCCAGUCAAACAAAGGAACGGCAGUGACCGACGGCGCCACUGACCAAUGAGACUGAGAAAGAGAGGCGAUGUGUUUAUGUGCAUUCAGAAAGUCGGAUGUUACAGCGUGCUGCUGUGAGCGUCUCUAACAAACAUUAUGCAGCAGAUUUUCUGUAUAAAAACUGUAAAUAUCCAAAUAUGCUUGAAACCGUGUUAAACACACAAAGAUAUAUUAUACAUCUAUAUUUUUUUGUUUCUAUGAGUACAUGCCUGUGCAAAUAUUAUGACUGUAUGAAUAUGUGAGGAGCACAGACUCUACCUACAAUGUUUGAAAUGUGUCUGAUGAAAUCAAGAUAUUCUGAUGUUUGUAUUUUAAUCUGUGUUUCAUGUUGUAAAGGCAUUAGUUACUGUAUAUACAAAUACAUAAAUACAAAUCU